AUGCAACCCAGUAUUGUGCCAUCUUCUAUUCCUUCAAUUUCUCCUACUGCGGGAUAUGUCAUCCCCGACAAACCAACUCUCAUUGAUGCUCUGGAGCAGGGCGAUUACUCUCCAACUGGACCUUAUGGCUCCAUUACAACAUGGAAUGUUAAGGCAGUCACUGACUAUGAGUCCUUGCUGCCUUCAAUCACAGAUACGACCACAUUUAAUGGUGAUGUCAGUAACUGGGAUACAAGCAGUGUUGUUACACUGAGAAACGCCUUCAAGGAUGCCACCUCGUUCAAUGUCGAUCUCAGUUCCUGGGAUACCAGCAAGGUGUUAGACUUACUUGGUGCCUUCUACAAUGCCAACUCCUUCAAUGGAGAUAUCAGUACCUGGGAUACCAGCACGGUCACAUCACUGUAUAGCACCUUCUAUAGCGCCGCCGCCUUCAACGGUGACAUUCGUUCAUGGGAUACCAGCAAGGUGACAUCACUGUAUAGUACGUUCCUUGCUGCCAGUGCUUUCAAUGGAGAUAUCAGUACCUGGGAUAUCAGCAGUGUGACAACGUUGGGCGCCACUUUCGCUGGUGCCACAGACUUCAACAUUGAUCUCAGCUCCUGGGAUACCAGCAAGGUGAAAGACCUGGAUAGUGCCUUCAAAAAUGCCAACUCCUUCAAUGGAGAUAUCAGUACCUGGGACACCAGCAGUGUGGUAUCACUGCAAAACGCUUUCUACAAUGCCAACUCCUUCAAUAUUGAUCUCAAAUCCUGGGAUACCAGCAAGGUGAUUUCACUAGAUUAUGCCUUCAGAGGUGCCACCUCCUUCAAUGGAGAUAUCAGCACCUGGGAUACCAGCAGUGUGAUAAGAUUGGAACAAGCUUUCUUUCAGGCCACCUCCUUCAACAUUGAUAUGAGUUCCUGGGAUACUAGCAAGGUGACAAGCCUAUUUUCAACCUUCUACGGUGCCACCUCCUUCAAUGGAGAUAUCAGCACCUGGGAUACCAGCAGGGUCACAAACAUGCUCACCACUUUCUACAGUGCAAACUCCUUCAAUAGGGAUAUCAGUGCCUGGGAUGUUGCAUCUGUCACUAACUGGUAUUUCUUCUCUAUGCUGGAAGGAGCUUCAGCUUUUGACCAAGAUUUGUGUUCUUGGGGUACCAAGAUCACAGGCACUCCAGGUGUCACUAAUAUGUUCUUGGCUGGAUAUGUCAUCCCCAACAAACCAACUCUCAUUGCUGCUCUGGACCAGGGCGAUUACUCUUCAACUGGACCUUACGGUUCCAUUACAACAUGGAAUGUGCUGGCAGUCACUGAUUUUGUUUCCUUGCUGCCUUCCAUCGCAGCUACGACCACAUUUAAUGGUGAUGUCAGUAACUGGGAUACCAGCAGUGUCACAAACAUGGACUUCGUCUUCAAUCUUGCCAGUAAUUUCAAUCAAGAUCUCAGUUCUUGGGACACCAGCAAGGUGACAUCCCUUUUUGGUGCCUUCGGAGCAGCCAGUAUUUUCAAUGGAGAUAUCAGUACCUGGGAUACCAGCAAGGUGACAUCGCUGCAGGUCACUUUCUUUCAUGCCUACGCCUUCAAUAUUGAUAUCAGUUCUUGGGAUGUCUCAGCUGUGAAUAUAUUUUUUCAAACGCUGACUAGUGCUUCGGCUUUUAACCAUGAUUUGUGUUCUUGGGGUCCCAAGAUAUCAGGAACCCCAGAUGUCACUUUCAUGUUUCAGAGUACAUCUUGUCCUGAAGCAGCGACAACUGUUGACCUGGGGGCAUCACCAAAAGGCCCACUCUGUCACGUUUGUCCCCCAUAG